AUGACCAGCAUCUGUCGCAUUGCACUCUAUCUUGGAGCUCUGCUCCCGGCGGUCCUUGCUGCGCCUGCAGCUGAGGGUAUCCCCAACAAGUUUAUUGUUACUCUUAAGGAGGGCAGCUCUAUUGAUCCUAAUUCUCACCUUACCUGGGUAAACGGUAUCCACCGCCGUUCUCUGACCAAACGUAACACCGCUGGUGUUGAAAAGACUUAUAGCAUUCAUACUUGGAAUGCCUACGCUGGCGAGUUUGAUGAGGAGACUAUUAAACAUAUUAAGGCGAGCCCCGAUGUUGCUGCUGUUGAGCCAGACUAUGUUAUGUACCCGUCCGGUAUUACAAAGAAUACAAGGCGUACUUUAACUAAACAGGCUGGUGCUCCUUGGGGUCUUGGUGCUAUUUCCCACCGUACUCCUGGCUCUACUAAUUACAUCUAUGAUACCUCGGCUGGUAGAGGAACAUUUGCCUAUGUGCUUGAUUCUGGCAUUAAUAUUGCCCACGAGCAGUUUGGCGGACGUGCUACACUUGGCUAUAACGCUGCUGGAGGAGAGGAUACUGAUACUCUCGGCCAUGGUACUCAUGUUGCCGGAACUAUCGGUGGCUUUACCUAUGGUGUUGCUAAGCAGACCAAUCUGAUCUCCGUCAAGGUCCUUAUAGGCGAAAACAGUAACAAUUCUGUUGCUCUUGAUGGUUAUCACUGGGCCGUGGAAGAUAUUAUUUCUCGACGCCGGACUAGCAAGUCUGUUAUUAACGUAUCACUUUCUGGCCCUGCGAGCUUCGCCUGGACUGCCGCUAUUAACGCAGCUUUUAACAAGGGCGUUCUUACUAUUGUGGCUGCCGGCAAUGAUGCCAAGCCCGCCUCCGGCUUCUCGCCUGGCAAUACUCCUGAUGCUAUUACGGUUGCUGCGCUUGAUGUUAACUGGGACGCUGCUAAUUUUACCAACUAUGGUGCUGGUGUUGAUGUUUUUGGUCCUGGUGUCAACAUCUUGUCUGCGUGGAUUGGCUCGGACACCGCCGCCAACACACUCAACGGUACUUCCAUGGCAACUGCUCACGUUUCCGGUCUCGCUCUUUAUCUCCAAUCACUUGAGGGCCUCGCCACUCCCACUGAUGUUACCAACCGCAUCAAGGCUUUGGCCACUACUGGCCGUGUUACCGGCAGCCUUAAUGGCAGCCCCAACGCUCUUAUCUUUAACGGAAACCGUGCUUAUCAGUAA